ACUUCGUUUUUUUCUUGGAAUAACAUUUUCUCCUCCAUCUCUGACAUACACACACACCCAUACACACACAGAUGGUAAAGUGGGAGUGCUGGUGUCAGGAGCAGUGAAUUAUUUUUCAGGAUCUGAAAUUAUUCAAGACACUGUGUGGAUUCAGUAUCUUUGCGACUUGGAUUUUUGCUUUUUUCAACGACGCGACACUUUGGACUCAGUGUUUGUACCUGUGUGUGACUGUGUGUUGGGAUUCAGCACUUCACCUGAAUGCAACACUGAGAUUUUGACGAACACUUUUGUUGGGCACUUGUUACUGUAGUUGCCUGAAUUUGUAAGUGUUGACUGCGUUUGUUUGUUUGUCUGUGUGUGAGGAGGAGAGGAUGUAUUGGCUGGUGACUGCGGUCCUGCUAGCCCACCUUUGGGCUACCUUAACGGGGGCAUGGAGAGCAUCUCAACCAAGACUGCAGUUCACACACUCCGAGCUAAUUCAAAACGGCCGGCUGCUGACGCUGUCCCUAGUGGCCGAGGACCUGCCUGCCAUACUUCCUGACGAAGACAAGCGGCGUCUCUACGUGGCCAUGAAAGAUAACCUACUGUCUACCAGUCUGGACGACAUAACGCAGAACCCACGCAAGAUACACUGGCCAGCCAGUCCAGACCGUGUCCAGGAGUGUCUCAUGGCUGGGAAAGAUCCAGAGUUGGAGUGUGCUAACUUCCUGCGAGUUCUGCAGCCUUUUAAUCAGACUCACCUGUACGUUUGUGGGACUGGAGCCUUCAACCCUCGAUGUGCUUUCAUAGCUACCAGCGUCUUCCAACAGUCAGAGCACCAGACUCUCCCUUACAGUCAGACAGAGUGUGGGAAAGGGAAAUGUCCCUACGAUCCUUUCCAGAAAACAGCCUCCGAUGUCAUUGAUGGAGAGCUGUAUGCAGGGAUCACCUCGGACUUCAUGAGCCGGGACUCCGCCUUUUUCCGUAGUCUCGGCAGCCGUCACGUCAUCCGCAGCGAGCAGUACGAUUCCACCUGGCUGCAGGAUGCCCAGUUUGUGCGGGUAGCGCCGCUGUCUGAAACUGAUAAUCCGGAAGAUGAUAAGGUCUAUGUGUUUUUCACUGAGCGCGCUCAAGAGGCAGAAGGGGCUGCUGGGAAGGUGCUCUACUCCCGAGUGGCUCGUGUGUGCAAGAAUGACAUCGGAGGCCAGAGGAGUUUAGUCAAUAAGUGGAGUACCUUCCAGAAGGCUCGUAUGGUGUGUUCAGUCCCUGGACCAGAUGGGCUGCAGACACACUUUGACCAGCUGCAAGACAUCUUUAUCCUCCAGGCGAAAGACAAGAAGAACCCUCUCAUAUAUGGCCUGUUUACCACUUCCAGUGAUAUCUUGAACGGGUCAGCAGUGUGUGUUUACCGGAUGGAGGAUUUGGUUCGCGCUUUCAAGGGAAACUUCCUUCAUAAGGAGGGACCUCAGUACAAGUGGGCAGAGUUCAAUGGCAAGGUGCCCUACCCACGACCAGGAACUUGUCCCAGCAGCACUUAUGGAAGUUACAGCUCGACGAGAGAAUAUCCUGAUGACGUCAUCUUUUUCAGCAGGACUCACACUCUGCUGCAGGAGAAUGUCCUGCCGCUGGGAGAGCGCCCCCUGCUGGUGAGAGUGGGUGUUCACUAUAAAUUCAGCAAACUGCUGGUGGACAGAGUGGAGGCCGUGGACAGCACCUACAAUGUCCUGUUCAUCGGCACAGACUCAGGCCUUGUGCUUAAGGCCAUCCAUCUGCCCAGAGAACAUGGGCAGAGUCAGGAGGUCACUCUAGAGCAGCUGCAGGUUUUUCGGCACAAAUCACCUGUGACAGCCAUGACACUGUCAAAGAAAAAGCAGUGGUUGUUUGUGGGCUCCAGGGAGGGCGUGUCCCAGCUGGCUCUAUACCAGUGUGAGCUGUACGGCCAGGCCUGCGCUGAAUGCUGCCUAGCCAGGGAUCCAUACUGCACCUGGGAUGGACACGCCUGCAGCCCUUACAUCCCCACCGUACGCAGAAGGAACGCUCGUCAUUUAGGGGAGGGUGAGGAUCCACUGACUCAGUGUGUCAGACAGGGUGCCGGGCUGCAGGUGGAGGCGGAACAGAGAAUGAUGAUGGUUGCCGAGGGCAACAGCACCUACCUGGAGUGUCUGCCCCGAUCCAGACACGCUGUUGUUACCUGGUACAAACAAGCUGGAGAGAACAGCCCUGAACUUAACCAGGUGGUAACAGGUGACCAGCUCGUGGUGAUUGAGCGGGGCAUUCUGAUUCGUCAAGCUGAGCUGUCUCAUGGCGGCGUCUACCACUGCCAGGUGGAGGAGCAUGGCUACCACUGGACAGCCGUCACUGUCCGCCUCGCUGUCGGGAGCCCCUCAGCCAAUCGUCUGCUUGCUUCCUGGUCUGCCUCGUCUUAUCAGAGCACAGGAUCCAAGCCCUGGUACAAGGACGUGAUGGCGCUGAUUCACCCUGGAAACCUCGGUCAACACUGUCGUGCCCUCGGAUACCGCCCCCCACGCAACCAUCGUCGUCAUGGUGAUAUCAUGAAGGAGCCUAAAAAGGAGAAAGAGAGGGGGGAAAGGGAUAAGCACGGGGAAGGAAGAGGCGGUGGGGGAGGAGGAGGGAGGGCAGCGGGGAGGAAGAGCAGGAGCAAGCCGCAGCAGAGGGCACCGAGGAGCGCUUGAAAUUGUAGUGGAACAGGAGGGCAAAUGUUAAGUGACUUAAACCCACACACACCCCUACACACACACACACACACAAACACACACACGCACACUUAACUUAUACACUACAAAGACUGACAUGUGCAUGCACUUAUCUACAAACAAAAAAGGCAUCCUUUCACUAUAGUGAACAACUUUCAAACUAAGCUACACAUAAACAAAUUGAAGUAUGUACAGGAGGAUGUGAAGAAAGAAGAAAAAAGACAAAAGACUUUUGAAUAAAAAAAGAAAAAGUAGAACACCUUAGGCUGAGUAGUAUGUUGAAUAAAGAAUUGCACGUCCAGAUCACUCAGUUUAACUGACUCUGUGUCAUGACAAGGACAUGGGAAAGGAUGCUUUGGAUUUGGAGCUUCUUCAGAGAGAAAAAUAGUCCAAAAGUAGAUAGUCAGCAUUUGAAAAAUCACCCAACCCCUCUGAAAUUAUUGCUGCCUUAAAGGACCAUACUGGUGGCUUUUUAUGUUUUUGUCCAUUGAUUCUAAAACACAUACACACUGCCAGUUAUUCUCUAAAGCAGAACAGAUGUGUUAUGAUUGAUUUCGUACCUUCCAGGCAGACACUGGUUUCCAUCAAAUCCAGUACGCUUUGAAAUCAUCUUACUUAGCUAUAUUAAUGUCCAAACUUCACUGUGUUGAGUUAAAAUUUCAAGGACACCCCAUUUUUUGCUUUCAAAAAAUUGUCAAUCAACUGCUGAAAAUAUUUUGAUUGACACGCAAUGUCAGUGGAAAAUUCAAAAGGGAGAAGAUAAACAAGCAAACAUGGCGGCAGUUCACUUUCAGAGAACACAUCCGCUGAGGCUGUACUUAAAACAUUUAGUGUUUUCAGCUUAACAGCUAAACUAAGACAUAAAGGAGUUUAAAAUGAAUAUUAUCUGUGUGUUUUAAUAAUCAGCAGUGAUUGCUUAAUUGUUUUGAGAAGGUAAUUGUUUACUGUAGGUUGUGAAUAGCAGUAAAUAGCACUGAUGAGCAUUCUACAUCCUUUUCCCCAACACUUUCUUCAGAUUGGUGGGCUCUGAAUGCAAAAUGACGGACCGUGAUAACAAAGAUAAAAAGCAAAUAAAAACAGAGCGACAGCUUUGAUGAGGUUCAGUUUAUUUGUAUAGCCCAUUCUCACAAAUUACAAAUUUGCCUCAGAGUGCUUUACAAUCUGUACACACAGACAUCCCUGUCCCAGAACCUCACAUCGAAUCAGGAACAACUCCCAAACAACAAGGUUACGGAUCUACUUUCCCAGGAUGUUGUAUACUGCAGGAGAUGUUUUCAUUAUGUUCUCCUCAAGGUUCAGAAAUGUUAGCUGGUAAUGUACACACAUAAAUCUGUAACAGCCAAGAAACAGAGAGCUUAAUAUAUGUAUGGGGGGUAGAGUAAAUAGAGAUGAAGACACAGGGAUCUAGAGUGUUUUAUAAGGUCAGAAAAAUACAAAAUAAUCCUAUUGUGACUAUUGGUUUAGUUUGCCUGAAGUCCUACAGUGUAUAGGUUUAGAAAAUAAUGUUCAUUGUUAUGUAGGAGAGAAAAGAAACAUCUGCACAUUAACUCUAAUAAACAAAUGUUGUUUUUG